CCGCGAGGAGGCAGCGCCGCGCCAGGCGUCCGGGGCCGCACGAUGGCCGUGCAGGCGGCGCUCCUUCGCGCGCACCCCUUCGCGCCCUUCGGCUUCGGGGGCGCCCCGGACGGACUGGGGGGCGCCUUCGGGGCGGCGGACGGGGGCUGCUGCUUUGAGGAGGACGAGCGCGCCGCGUCCGCGGCGGAGGCCACGCGCGAGCUGCUCAGCUUCAUCGACUCGGCGUCCAGCAACAUCAAGCUGGCGCUCGACAAGCCCGGCAAGUCGCGGCGCAAGGUGAACCACCGCAAGUACCUGCAGAAGCAGAUCAAGCGCUGCGGCGGCCUGGCGGGCGCCGCGCCCCCGCCGCCCGCGCCCGACGGCGCCGCGAAGGUCCCGCUGCGGGCGCGCAAGCUGCCCGCGUCCUUCUUCACCGAGCCGGCCCGGGCGGGCCCGUCGGGGCCGAGCCUGGGCGAGCUGGAGCCGGGCGCGGCCGAGCUCCUGGAGUUGCUGGGGCCGGACUACGGCGCCGACCCCGAGGCAGGCGUCCUGCUGGCCGCGGAGCCCCUCGACGUGUUCCCCGCCGCAGGCCUGCGGGCGUCCCUGGAGCUGGAGCCCGGCCUCUUCGAGCCCCCCGCCGUCGUGGGGAGCCUCCUGUACCCCGAGCCCUGGGGCGCCCCGGGCUGCCCACCCGCCGGGAAGCCGCCCCUGGCCGCCGCCCGCGGAGGCCUGAGCCCCAGCGAGUCCCUGCGCCCCCUGUACCCCGCCACCGCCGCGGACUCCGCCGGGGAGGACGGCCCGGGUCCUGCAGCCGCUUUCGCCCCCUUCUUCCCGGACUGCGCCCCACCGCCGCCGCCGCCGCCGCCCCACCAGGCAUCAUACGACUUCAGCGCCAGUUACAGCCGUUCGCCUUACCCCGGCCUCUGGCGUCCGGACGGGGCCUGGGACGGAGCACCGGGGGAACCGGGGGUGCACCCCGACUGACUGCGAGCUGCCCCGCACCCCCGAGACCGCCGCGGGGUGAGCCCUGCUCCCGGCGUCGGCAGAGCCUGCAGAAGGACGGAGACGCACGCGAGGUGCACGGGGCGCUUCAGAAAC